UUAAGGAGCGGCCGCUAGUCUCUCUCGGGCCGGCGCGCGCGCAUCCCGCCGAGCCAAAAAUACCCACUGGGCGCGCUGAAAUGGGCUGACCGACACAAAAGAAAGCCAAUCGAUUCAAUAUCGACACAUUCCAUCGACUCGCGAGUGCUGUGAUCUGAUGUAGCGAUGUCUCCGACAGCCAUCGGCGCCGAACCGCCCCAAUGGUGCGGCAAGAUGGAGAACUGCCCUCAAGCGCUGCUGGGCUGGCUGUAUCUGACGCACGAUCAGAACGAUCAGUGGGUGCCCGGUUCAGUAUGGGGCCCGCUGCCCACCGCUGCGCCGGGGUCUGCCCAGCCGCCCAACGACGACACCAGCUCCAUGGCGGAGCAGCUCGCCGCCCUGUCUCUGAGGCGGCCCCCCCGGCCCCCGCCGCCGGCCUACAUGUGCCACCUGUGCUUCAAGAAGGGCCAUUACAUUGGCGACUGUCCUCAAGCCAGACCAAAAGGCGAAGGGCUGACGCCGUACCAGGGCAAGAAGCGGUGCUUCGGCGAGUACAAGUGUCCGAAGUGCAAGCGCAAGUGGAUGAGCGGCAACUCCUGGGCUAACAACGGGCAGGAGUGCAUCAAAUGCCGCAUCAACGUGUUCCCACAUAAGCAGCGGCCCCUGGAGAAACCUGACGGACUGGACGUGAGCGAUCAGUCGAAGAUCCAUCCUCAGCAUCUGUGCCAGAAGUGCCGCUCGCUCGGCUACUAUUGUCGGCGAGAAUACUAGUGACAGCUCUUAGGCUCUCCUCAAAUCGCGCGGGUGAACGGAGCGGGUGCCCGCGGCGGGAACCCGCUGCGUGCGCCCGCGCACGGCACUGUAUCGAAAAUUAGUAUAAGCAGCGCGGAUUUUAGAGGAGGCCCUUAUAAUUCUUUGAUUUUCUUGGAAAACUACCUACCUACUAAAUAUCUACUUAACAAAUUAGUAAAAUGUUGAGGUAAUUGUCUCGAGUUUAAAAAAAUUAUACAUCGACUUACAGAUCCAAGACCUGCAGAAUUAGAUAAAAAUACAAACCUAACAUUUUUAUUUAAGAAAUCUUCGAUCCAGCUUUUUUUGCAAAAUGUGUUUUAAUUUCAUAGUAAGCUUCAGUUUUAACCAUAAAAUCAGUUUUAUUAUUUUUUGUUACUUAUUUUUUUUAAAUUACUUAGAUAAGAUUUAUCCCAAAGAAUAUAAUUUUGAUAACUACGUGUUUUAAUUAGAGUUUUUAUAUAAUUUGAUGAUAGUUUUAGGCUAUUAUUAGACUUUUUAAUACCCAUGAGUUUCCAUACAAUGUGCUUGGCAUGUGAGAUGUUUUACCAGACUUUCAAUGGAUAAAAAUCACAGACUCUUCCUAUUAAUUUAUUGAAACCUCUAUUGAAGCAACCUAUUUUAAAAACUAUUAAGACCCUCGAUUAUCAUGGCACAAAAGUAUGAAUCUGACAUUUUCUGUGGGUCUAGACAAAGUGCAAAUUAUAAUCGCAAACCAGUCGAAAAAUGGUAGAAAAGCCCCUUUUUUGUAUGGAGUUUUGACGGAUUCGAUUUUCGAUUCGAUCAAAAAGUGCGUUUUGUCUAGGGGGGCUGUACUAUUUAAGCUUUAUUCAGGGCUACAGGUAAAAACCAUACCUCGCUCGAGCACAAAUCUACUUGGUGUAAGUACUAUUGCGUGGUCAGAACCUACGACUUGUACUUUUUUUAAAGAAUAAGAAGAAAAGAAAGUAACAUCUUUACGAGAUCUGGGGAUAGUUGGAUCCGUCAGGAGAUCUCCCCAUCUGGUAAUGCAUCACUAACAUUAACUCAAUACUUUAAAAUAGGUAUUUAAAAGAUAUUUUAUACCACAGUGUAGUUAUAAAAACUCAACAUUUUUGUGUGGAAACUCUUGGCUUAUUUAGAAAUACAAACAUUAUGUUAUUCACUUUAAAUAUAAGUCAUUAUAUUCGCCGGUUCAAAGUUUUAGUGAUAUGUAUUAAAGAAAAUAUUGAUGUAUAUUUCGAUAAAAAUAUCUAGAGUUCAUUUUACUUAAUAUAAGUGUUUGAAAACUACCUUUAACUCCAAAAGGCAUUACAGAUACUUAUUAUUUUACUAAGAUUUAUAUGUAUAUUUAGAAUAAGCAAAUGUGUUGAUUUAUAUUAUUCUAUUGUCGUAAGUGUGCCAUUAUAUUCAAAGAUUUGUUAAUUUUAGAAACAUUUUAGUUUAACAAACUACUAAUCUAUAUUACUAAAAAGUAUUACCUAAGUAUUGUUGAAUCGUACAUAGUAAAUGUAUAUUUGGUAUUGUAUGCCACCAACGAUUUAUAAAACUAACAUUUAUAACUAUUUACAUUUUAUUUUGUACCUUUUAACAACUACAGCUACAUCCUAUUUAAUAACAGGUAUAACUAUUUAACUGUCUAAUAUGUUGAAUAAGUCUAAAAAGAAAUAUCAUUCGUUUUAGUCGUUAAUCAUCGAAAUUAAACAACAACAAAAAUAUUCGCAUUUGAUCAAAUAAAGGGUUUAUUCUAAUACUCGAACAAAUAAGUACAUCCUAUUAUAGUAGGUACUAUGCCAACCAAUUUACAUAAAUAAAUAAAAAAUAGAGCUCUCUAUAAUCAUUUUGAUAACUGAAAUUAAAAACUGGACUCCUUCCUUAUGUGCCUUAAAUAAAAAAUGUAAGCUUAACAUGUGUGUGUAGAUAAAAUUAAGUUCAUAAUUAUUAUAACCAAUUUUAAAGUUGCCCAAAGAGCCAGUGAAUUCUUAAUGUGCCAAAUGUAGUUUUAAGUAUUUUUUAUUUUAUAUUUACAAGUAUACAGGGUGUUAGGUAAAUGGGUAUAUGAGCCGACACUAGCCCAUGUUAACAUAUGCAUAUAAAUGGUAUGGUGAAGUCAGAAAUUUCAUAUCAUCAUUUUAAUUUUUUAAAUGUUCAUACAAAAUAAAAUUUAUAAUGAUUAUAAUCAGAUUGGUAUGAAAAUUAAAAUAAUUAAAAUGAUGAUUGUAGGAGGGCCCCACGUUGGGCGCCAGUUUGUAAGAGGGGGACCUAACCUACAGAGAGAAAUGACCAAAACCAAUUUUAUAGGGCUUUAUCUCGUGUUUAUUGUCAAUCAACCUAUGACUAAAUUACACAAUCAAAGCAGACAACCUCUCAAGUCACGGAUCACAGUAAAGUUAGGAUCGGCAUGUACAUAUGAACAAAGCAAUACUAAUUGCGUACACUAAUAAAUCUUAUGGUAGAGCUUGAAGCCAAAAUGAGGAUCGGUAUAUGCAUUUGAGCCGGAUCCAAUAGUAAACUAUACAAUUGUAUUUACUUGAUAAACUUUAUUACAAAAGCGUGAGUAAUUCAAUUAGAACACAAAACAAGGAUCGGUUUAUGCAUAUGAUCUAAACUUAAUUGAAAACUAAACAAUUGCGUCUAAUUAAUAAAGUUCACAACAAAAGCAUGUGCAAAGCAUAAAACUAGGAUCGGCGUAUGCAUUAGGGCCAUAUUUAGUACAAUAGCAUUCACUUAAUAAAUUUAUAGCAAGAAGGGUGAAUAAUUAUCUAAGUCAUUAAACCAGGAUUGGAUUAUGCAUUUGAGCUAAGCAUGAAUGUAAACAAUGAGCAAAUUCUAAUUAGCGUAAUUAACUUAGCUACUACAAGACAACAGUUACUAUUUCUAUUAACUAUCUAGUAGGCACGGGAAGCGUGCAUGGGACGAUACAACGCGAUGUCCAGUCAGUUCCGUGUUACGGAAGCAGACCUUACCAUCGCGGUGUGUGCGAGUUCAAUCCGGCGGGCGCAUCGUGUUCCGUGGUACGGAAGCGCGGAGCGUCGCGGACGAACUGACUGCUAUUUUUUUUUUUUUUUUUUGAAGGGACGCGCGCUGGUAGCUUGAGGAGCUUUUCCAGCUUCACCGGGCAGAGUGGCGAGUACAGAAGGUACUCUAGCCGUUUGGCGAUCGUCGGUGCGCGUGCCGACGAGGCCGAGUGUGGGCUUCGCGAAGCGAAGCCCAGGCUCGU